UGGCCCAUAUGAAGGCCGAAAAGCAAAGCAUGUAAAUCAUAAUAACACAACCAAAGAAAUGCACCAAUAGCUUCUAAAUCUAAACCAAUUUCUUUUAUUUUUGUUGGGAAAGAAGCAUAUGAUCUACUGAGUUCUGACAUCCAACAUAUGCUAAAAUCUUGAAAAGCAAACCAAAAAUUCAGUUAUAUACAAAUAACCACCGCAAGAUCCCACCUUUCCUCACACACACAUAUAUAAGCAAUCCCUUUUCUCUCUACAUGAGUCUUGCGAUUCCUUCCGUGACUAAGACAUAAUCACACCCUCUUUCUCAACACUACUCCGAUGGUGGCUGCCGCCGCCGAAGACUGCUCCGCCGGGCGCACGGUGGUGGUGGGCGUCAAGCUCGACUCCUACAGCAGAGAGCUCCUCACGUGGGCUCUCGUUAAAGUCGCCCACGCCGGUGAUCGCGUCAUCGCUCUUCAUGUUCUCAAGAACAACGAAAUUGUUGAUCGUGAUGGAAAAUCAUCCCUUCUCUCUCUAGUUAAAGCUUUCGAUUCAAUUCUUGAAGUUUAUGAAGGAUUCUGUAAUUUAAAGCAGGUUGAUCUCAAACUAAAGAUCUGCAGAGGUUCGUCGAUUCAGAAAAUCCUUGUUCGUGAAGCUAAAUCUUACUACGCGUCGGAAGUUAUAGUGGGAACGGCUCAAACUCAUCACACGAUUCGUUCUUCAGCAUCCGUUGCUAAAUACUGUGCAAAGAAACUGUCAAAGGAAUGUGCUGUGUUGGCUGUGAACAAUGGGAAGGUUGUGUUUCACCGCGAAUCUAGUUUGGCAGCGUCGCGUGUUAGUGUCAAAGAACUCGAACAUAAUCGUAGGAAUGGUUUACUUUCUGCUCUGCAAAGAUCGUUCAGCAAGAACAUCAAAGUGCUUAACGAAGGUGGUGAUCCGAUUAGGCCAAUGCUGACAUGGGGAGAAAGUGGUUGUGGUAGACCAGACUUGGUUGAGCAGAAAUGCUCGAUUUGCACGCCAGAUUCAGUGACAUGGCAUGACUCGUGCAGGGAGGCAGCUGAGGUGCCUUCAAAGGAUGAAGGUAAGAGGGAGAGGGAUUCUUCGAUGGCGAUUGUUCCGGUGAAGAAGGUGGAGGUUGCAUCCGGUUCGGUGUCGUUGUUGCUAGGGGGGUUGUCUGAAGUGAAGCCUGGUUGGCCGCUUCUUCGCCAUGCCAUGGUUCGUAACACUAGCUCUUCACAGAUUCAGCAAGUGAGACAGAUAUCCGUGGUUCAGUGGGCGAUGAGGCUACCGAGUAGAUAUGGAUUGUUUAUCGAGAAUUCGACUAGGAAAGACUCUGACUCCUCAAAUCAUGACCAAGAUCAUCAACUAGAUGGAGAGAGUGGUGCAAUUGUUCCUGUUGGGAAUGAGGCCGUGUCUGUUCCAUCGAGCCCCGACUCCGUUUCAAGGUCCUUGCCGGAGGAGCUGGAGGGCCUUCACGAGAAGUACUCGGCCACGUGCAGACUGUUUAAGUUCAGGGAACUUGAGCUAGCUACCUCCAACUUCAGAAAAGGGAGCAUAAUAGGUAAAGGAGGCAGUAGUCAGGUCUAUCGAGGUUGCCUUCCCGAUGGGAAGGAGCUUGCCGUGAAGAUCUUGAACCCAUCCGAGACUGCUCUGAAGGAGUUUGUCCUAGAAAUCGAGAUCAUCACCGCGAUACAUCACAAAAACAUAAUCUCACUCUUUGGAUUCUGUUUUGAAGACAAUCAUCUUCUCUUGGUGUAUGAUUUUCUAUCAAGAGGAAGCCUUGAAGAUAAUCUUCAUGGUGAUAAGAAGGAUCCGUUCUCAUUUGGGUGGAACGAGAGGUAUAGGGUCGCUAUAGGUGUCGCUGAGGCUUUGGAGUAUCUCCACAACAGAGAAGGGCAGCCUGUGAUCCACAGAGAUGUUAAGUCAUCAAACAUACUUCUAUUCGAUGAUUUCGAGCCUCAGCUUUCAGACUUUGGGCUUGCUAAAUGGGCAUCACCGAAUUCGACUCACAUAACUUGCACUAACGUUGCUGGCACGUUCGGAUAUUUGGCUCCUGAGUAUUUCAUGUAUGGGAAGGUAAACGAGAAGAUAGAUGUCUACGCCUAUGGAGUAGUUCUUCUCGAGCUUCUCUCGGGGAGGAAGCCGAUAAGCAGCAACUGCCUUAAAGGACAAGAGAGCCUUGUUAUGUGGGCGAAGCCAAUUCUGACAUCGGGAAAGCUCACCACGUUGCUUGAUCCGAACCUAGGAAGCAACUAUGAUCAUGAUCAAGUGGAGAGGAUGAUUCUAGCUGCGUCGCUCUGCAUCAGACGUGCACCACGUGCUCGACCCCAGAUGGGCCAAGUAAGCGGUUCUAGUCUUCGUCUCACUCCAAGAAAAGAGUUCGACUUAACACUCCUUUGUUGUUGGCAGGUUUUGAAGCUUCUCCGAGGCGAUCAUGAGGCCGUGAAGUGGGCUAGACUGCAAGUGAACGCUUCUGAAGGGCCUGUUUACAUUGAAGUUAGCAACUCCGUGGAAGGGUUUGAUGCAAUAGACGACGAAACCAUCUCACAAUCCAAUAUGCAGUCCCACCUCGACCUUGCAAUGCUUGGCGUGGAGGAGGAUUUGCUCUCCGUGAGUAGCAGCGAGCAGAGGGUUUCCUUGGAAGAUUAUCUACGAGGUAGGCGGAGUCGCUCUUCUAGCCUCGACUAAUUGUGUUUUCUUGCAAAAUGCAAGGAGAACAAAGGGGAAAGGAACUCUAGUAGUGUGCUUGUGUGUUUUGUUUGAUGGUUGUAUGUUGGCAUUUGUUACUCAUGGUGAAUGUGGGGCUUGGAUGUGAGGUUGGUUUGUAGUUUUGUCCUCCUCCUCCUUCCCUUAGUAGUUGUGAGAGUGAAGCCAUUCUUUUUGGUUUUUUUCAAUCAGAAUAUUUAGGUUUUGAUUCAAAAAAACCAUCUAAGUGUAGUUAUAUAGUGAUUACAUUAUACAUAAUAAUGUGGUCAUAUUCAUUCUCUUCUUCUA